CGAGCGGGCGUCGCCCCUCCUCGCGGCCCGCGCCCCGCAACCGCCCUCGUCCAUCGAAUCUCUCGUCGUCGCCGGCAAACUCGAACGACCUCUUUUCGCUAACUAACGUCGCACCCGCGUCCGAUUCCCGCCGCGAAACUGCGCUCGAUCUCUACGCGUAGUCAUCGCACUCUGAAAUAUUUUUCAGAGUUUACGAAAAUUGUUAUACACAAACUUUGUUUGAUAGUUUAAAAUUAAAUAGUCCUAUAUUUGACGUAAAGUUCAAUUAUUUUUUUGGGAGAGUGGGUUUUAUAGUCAUGAACUUGUCGAGUUUUGAAUAGUGGUAGGUUGUCAGAGCGAAAGAGUGCGGUGAUGUGGCGGUGCGCGGCCGGGCGAGGAUGUCGGAGGCGGGGUGCGCGUGCGCCGGCGGGCGCGUAGGGCGCCAUGGACUGCUGCAACUACGGCGAGUACCGCGGGCCGGGGCAGUACGGCGCGGCCGGCUGGGACGGCUACGGGUACGCGCCGCUGCCCUACGCGCCCUACGCGCAAGCCUACUACGCGCCGCACGCGCACGACCCCUACGCGCGCUACUACCGCUAUGACUACCCCAGUCACCACAUGCACCAUGAACAUGUCAUGCCUAUGGAUUACGGCGGGUACGCGUCGAAGGAGGCGCGCGUGCGACGCUCGCUGGCGCGGCGGGAGCAGCGCGCGCAUACGCCUGCGCAGCAACUGCCUCUGCCGCCCACGCCACCGCUAGAAUGUGGAAUGAACGGUCGGGGUCCCGCGUACUGCGAACCGCAGAUGUGGCCACAUUAUCAGCAGAUGGGUGCGAUGGGUGGCGGUGGUUGGAGUGGCGCGAACGCAGCCAACGGGUGGGCCCAACGCUCCGCCUGCUCGCGUGACCAUAUGCGGUAUCCUCCCGAAUGCCGACCAAUGAAGGGUGCUCAUCUGCAUAGCCAGAACCAACCCUGCCAACAGGAUGGAAGAUCAACACCAUAUCCUGUUUAUGAAGAUUCGCCUUUCAACGGAGACGGUGGUCCGAGGCAGAGAAAUACGCCAGAAUUCAACCCGGGCGUGACGCAGAACGAUCCGAGUCGCGCGGUACGCGAUCGUUUCCCCGUCGAGGCACGGCGCUCCCCUCCCGAGGUGAAGCGCCCCCCGCCUGUAGUUCCGUUGCCUGCUUUUCAGCAAGCAUUCGGCUCGACGGAGAUUGGGAAAUUCGCCGAGGCGUUUAGUCGGACCGAGAUAGCGGUUGACGACACCCCCGCUGAUAAUUUUAUGUACGAGUCGUUUCCAGAAUGGGACGGCCCGGUUGAGCCUCAAUGGUCGUCACAGCCUGCCUCGCAGCCCUCCUCGAGGGAGAUCAAAUGCGAAGAAAACUUUUAAGUGAUCUUUGCCCUAGUUCUAAUUUUAGGCAAAUUUGCCUUUUAGUUAAAUUAGACAAAUUGUAGUUCCACCACCAUGUUGCCAAAAUGAGUAGAAUUGAGAUGAGGAGUUGUAUGUUAUAGGACUAUUAUGAUGGGAUGUCAAAAUUGCUAAAGUGUACGAAAAAAGACCGGAUAAAAUAGUGGUGUGACUUUUAAUUCAUAUAUAAAGUAGAUUAUUAAUUAGUUAUUCCCUUUAACUAGUUUUAGGCCGAUCUUCAAAAAUGAGAAAUAUUAUAACGAGUAAAAGUGAUGGUUAGGUACUGCAUAUAGGAUAACAAAUGAAUCAUGACUCAAUGUGCCUUUAUUCGGAGAGCCCGGCCGCUACGCGCGCGGUGUCGUCCGCCCCGUUCUGCGUUGCUAUGUACGACAUAACAUUACAAUAGCAAUUAUAGGGACCAACGUUUAGACAAAUAUACACGACCCGGUGGCGUGCAGUCGAUGCGCAAUAAGCUCAACGAAAUACUUUAUGAAUGUUCUGGGAUUUUAAAUAAAAACAUAACAACCAUAACUUAAAGUAUGAAAAUGAAAACAAUAUCAAACAAAUUAGAAGCUUAUAUUUGUAAGAUUAUUAAUCGAAUAAAAUAAUUACCUUUCCAUCUUUCAACGCUAAUAAACUAAUCUCUUGAAUCAAAAUUACUUUUUAUUUUGAAAUUAAAUAUGACAAAUUGAUUUUACCUCUGUUUCUAUUGCAAUAAUAUUCAUAAAAUAAAUAUUUGAAGGGGCUAUUAGACGCCGCGCGGACUUAUUAUAAACAUUCGAAAUUUUUCAGGAAGUAAUGAAACAAGUCAUGUAUGUAGGUAUAAAUAGGUAGUUAAAUUUGAUAAAAUUUUUAAAGAGAUUACUUAUGAAUAAAAUGGCUUUUUAAUUAAAUAUUUAGGGUCCAACAACGUUGAUGUAAAGUGUUUGUCGUGAUUAAAAAUUCUCAUUUAGAAUCGUAACCACGACAGAAUCACAUCGUGUGUCAUAUGGUCAUCGAUUACAGAGUACCUACCUGAAUUAAUAUUUCAACACUAUAUCCGUUGUUACCUUUAGUUAUCUAUGGUUGUUUGGUGUCAAACGACCACGGUCGUUUCUUGUUUAGAAACUGAGUAUAAUAUUAUAUUGAGUUUUGUAAAUGAUUAGUGUCUGUGAUAGAGUUGUUUGUGUAUGAAUAUGUUUUAAAAUAGAUUGCUAUGUAAGUUUUGUCAUUCACAUUAAAAUUUGGUAUUUUUGGUUGAAUUGUGUCAUUUUUACCAAUAUAUUCAAUCUGAAGAGGUUUUUUUUGUUUAUCAGACGAGCUUUCGUGAACCUCUAUGAGGAUAAUAAUGUAAGAGUAGACGAACCCAACAUCCGAAUUAUUUCUUACCCGUUUGUAAUCCACAACGAAUCCAGCUGUUAUUGCAAUAACAGAACAUGGGUAUACGUUUGUAAUGAGCCCGUCGACUUUGUUGUUAGAAUUAGAUCUGUUUAAUUGUUAGCAGAAACUGAAGUUGAUGUUAGUUACUUUGUUUCGAGCUUAAUAUUUAAAUAAAUUUAACUUAUAAUGUGCGGUGCAUGAUAACAGUAACUUCCAGUGGUCUUCAUUUUUAUAGAGGAAACUUGUGUGACAGUAUUUUCGGUCUUUUUCGAUUAAAAAAAAAACAGCAAAAUUAAUGGAGUGCCUUACGUAUUUAAUAUGAUAUGAAAUUAGGAUGGAUGAAUUUUAUUCUAGCAUAAUUUGAUGAAACACCAUAAUAAAAUAUAAUAGCUUAAUAAAACUUCUUUUAAAUCGAGUAUUUCAUUAAUUGAUAGAUAUUGUAAUGAACUUAUUAAGAGUUAUUUAAUGAUUAUCUUUACAUGUAAUAUUAAAAAUAUCUACUAUAUAUUUAAAUAAUUGUGGUGUGCACUAAAUUAUUUUAUUGCAAAGUUUAUUCAUUUGAAAAUAUUUUGUUACUUAAAACUAAUAGAAUCAAACGAAGUAUGAUUUUAGAAUCUAGUGUUUAUUAUUAAGAUUACAUUAAUAUACUUAAUCCGAUUGUAUUUAUUUAGUUUUAGAACAAUCAAUUUAGGUAUGACUUUGAGUAAUAAGUGUGUACACCAUAUCUUCCAACGUCAAAUGUUAUUUAGAAGGUGCGAUGAACUUACGAUAUUCCUACAUGGCGUGCAUUUAAAGCGAAAUCAAUAUACAUGAGUGAACGCACUCUUAGGAGCCAAUACCGAGGAAACAGCCGCCUAUCCGGGUUACAAUUAUAACAAAUAUAAUAAAAUACAAAUGUAGCCAGUGCCACAUAUAUUAUGUAUAUUAUUAUAUAUACAUCUCCUUAGAUAGCCCUAUUGUUAUUUGUUUAAGUAUUAGGACGGAGUAUAAUUUUUAUUGUAGAGAGAUGUAAACACCGUAAAUAAAGUUAUAACGAUAUACAUUAUAAUAGGUGUUCACAAAUAGAGCUUCCCGAGUGAGUGUAUCACAAUUUUGUCUACCAUGAAAGUUUUCGUGCAAACUAACCCUGGUCAGCCUUUGGACGUAUCGCUUUUCAAAUUAAUAGUUUCUUUUGUUGUUAGUAGUUCCCAUUCAUCUGUCUUAUAUGUCUUUGUCUGCGUAAGUGUAUACCUAUAUUUUUAACAGCACUCAUUUAUGGGAUUUAAAUAGGAUUCAGAACUAAACCGUUGCUAAGAAUAAUAUUUUUCAAUCUUACCUUCUUGCCACACAUAGAUUCUAGAGAAUUCGUCACGUAGUUUUUCAAAAGUAUUUACUUUACUUUUACAAUCAAAUAGCUAAACUCUUUAUACAUUAAAUAAUAAAAAAUGACUGUAUAAUGAACUUAAAUCAUUUAAAAUAUUGUAGUUAAUGGGCCUCCAUAGUUUUUACCUAAUGUUGAGGUCGGGUAUGAGUGAAUUGUUCUUUAAGUUUCCUUCAAGAUUCGUUGAAGUUUUAGGCCAACAAAAUUUAGAUGCGUAAGUUUAUGUAAAUUUGUUGAGGCAGUUAAAAUUACUGAACAAAAGUAUAUAAUGAAAAAAUAUUAUGUAACUAUCUAGUUAUAAUUAUUAUUAAACUUGUAAAUAAUUACUUAAUUAUAUUUUGAAUGUUUCACUCAUAUCAAUUUAGAAAAUCUGUUUUACUAGCAAAUUGUAAGGUUUUGAAUCCGGAAACACUGAAAUGAUUGAUUUAUGAACGUCGAUGUACGAUUUAAUAAACACAUUGUACCGAUUA